GCUGCCUCGGACGCAGACGCAGACGGUCGGCGUGAGAGAGCGAGCGCGCGCGCUAAUUAGAAAAACCUGGUGAAGCAAUUAAGCGCGAGGAGAGAAGCAGCGCACCGAUUGUAGUGCAGAAGAGCUAACUUAGUGCUCCGAUCACCUUGGCACCAUGAGUUGGAGCUUUCUAACCCGUCUGCUGGAUGAGAUAUCCAACCACUCCACCUUCGUGGGGAAGGUCUGGCUGACUGUGCUCAUCAUCUUCCGCAUUGUGCUGACGGCCGUUGGCGGCGAAACCAUCUACUAUGAUGAACAGAGCAAAUUUGUCUGCAACACACAGCAGCCUGGUUGUGAGAAUGUGUGCUAUGAUGCAUUUGCGCCGCUCUCACAUGUCAGAUUCUGGAUCUUCCAGGUGAUCAUGAUCACCACCCCAACCAUAAUGUACCUUGGAUUUGCCAUGCACAAGAUUGCCCGCAUGGAAGAGACGGACUUUCGGCCGGGCCCAAAGCGGAAGAAGAGGAUACCAAUCAUCAAGCGUGGGGCUGCGAGGGACUACGAAGAGGUAGAGGACAACGGAGAAGAAGACCCAAUGAUUGCUGAAGAGAUUGAACCAGAAAAGACAGACAAAGCAGAACAAAGCUCAGAGAAAAAACAUGAUGGUCGCCGGCGGAUCUUGCGUGACGGCCUGAUGAAAGUCUAUGUGUGCCAAUUGCUGUGGCGCUCUGCCUUUGAGGUGGCCUUCCUUUUCGGGCAGUAUAUUCUGUACGGCUUCGAGGUGAUACCCUCCUACGUCUGCACUCGUUCUCCGUGCCCGCACACGGUGGACUGCUUUGUUUCCCGUCCCACGGAGAAGACUAUCUUCCUGCUGGUGAUGUACGUCGUGUCCUUUCUCUGCCUUCUCCUCACCAUCCUGGAAAUCAUCCAUUUGGGUAUCGGCAGCAUCCGUGACACUUUCCGCAGGCGGGCCACCCUCAACACACGCACUUCCCGUCCACCGACCUCACGCUCCAUGCCUACAGCUCCACCAGGAUACCACGCCACCAUGAAAAAGGAGAAAAUGAAAGAGCUGAGGGACUUGCCAAUGGGUGAUUCUGGGCGAGAGAGUAUUGGGGAUGAGGGCCCCUCGUCCAGGGAGCUGGAGCGGUUGAGAAGACACCUGAGGUUGGCCCAGCAGCACCUGGACCUUGCCUACCAGGUGGAUGAAGGAAGUCCUUCACGCAGCAGCAGCCCAGAGGUGAACACAGCUGCACAGACUGCUGCAGAGCAGAACCGUCUCAAUUUUGCCCAGGAGAAGCAAGGAGAGGCGAGCGAGAAAGGUAAAGAAGACGCUCGGGCCUCCAUUCGACACACUGAAUUUGACACAGAUGAACCAGGAGGGAUACAUGCCUGAGCGUGCUUCCUGCCUCAAACGUCUGUCCUUUCAUUCCUACUGGCCUUAAACACAUGGGGGAAGCACAUAUGGGAAUGCAGUCAGACCACUGAGGGAGACCAAAGUGUGUGUAAUGUGUGUGCGUGUGUUUGUGUGUGGGGAUGAGAGAAAUGUGCCUUUCAGUAUUAGAGGUCAGUUGAAAACAAAGAAAUGCUGACCGAGCUGUGUUGUGACAAAUGGUUAAUUUCCACGACUCUAAACUUGAAAGCUUGCCGACCUACAUCCAAACUUUGACUGUGCCUUUGGCUAGACCUCGUCUACCCCAUGUUCUUUCGUCAUCUCUGUUUUUUGUUGCAUUGCAAUAACCUGUCCAUUUAAGACCACGCAAGGAUUAUUGUAAGCUUCAGCUGAGUGUAUUUUUUUUCUUUUUUUGUUUGGUUCACAAGAG